UAGUCGGGGAUCAGAUUCACUUUCCCGUUGGCCUUUCCCGCUCCUGUCCGCCCUCUAACAAAGACGUCCACCCUCGCGCGCGGACCUAGCGCUGCGGUCACCUCGCCCGCGCGCCCACGCACACGCACGCGCGCCGCCGCUCAGCCGCAAAGGAGCGGAGGGCUGAGGAGAAAGCCCGAAGGGACCUGCACCUCCCGGAACUGCAGCCCAGCCACCAUGAGUGAAAUUCCUAAGGACUGCUUGAAGACCAUUCUUUUGGAGUUAGAAUGUCACUUCACAUGGAAUUUACUUAAGGAAGACAUUGAUCUGUUUGAUGUAGAAGAUACUAUUGGGCAACAGCUUGAAUUUCUUACCACAAAAUCCAGACUCACUCUUUAUAACCUAUUGGCAUAUGUGAAACACCUAAAGGGCCAAAAUGAAGAUGCUCUAGAGUGCUUGAAACAAGCAGAAGAAAUUAUACAGCGAGAACACUCAGACAAAGAAGAAGUACGAAGUCUGGUCACUUGGGGAAACUAUGCUUGGGUUUAUUAUUGCAUGGAUCAGCUUAAAGAAGCUCAGAAGUACAUAGACAAGAUAGGGAACGUCUGCAAGAAAUUGUCCAGUCCUUCUAACUACAAGUUGGAGUGUCCAGAGAUUGACUGUGAGAAAGGGUGGGCACUCUUGAAAUUUGGAGGAAAGUAUUACCAAAAGGCUAAAGCAGCUUUUGAGAAGGCUCUGGAAGCAGAACCAGACAAUCCAGAAUUUAACAUCGGCUAUGCCAUCACAGUGUAUCGGCUGGAUGAUUCCGACAGAGAAGGGUCUAUAAAGAGCUUUUCUCUGGGCCCCCUGAGGAAAGCUGUCACCCUGAACCCAGAUAAUUCCUACAUUAAGGUUUUUCUCGCACUGAAGCUUCAAGAUGUGCAUGCAGAAGCUGAGGGGGAAAAGUAUAUUGAAGAGAUCCUGGACCAGAUAUCAGCCCAACCUUAUGUCCUUCGUUAUGCAGCCAAAUUCUAUAGGAGAAAAAAUUCCUGGGACAAAGCUCUAGAACUUUUGAAAAAGGCCUUGGAGGUGACACCAACCUCUUCUUUCUUGCAUCACCAAAUGGGACUUUGCUAUAGGGCACAAAUGAUCCAAAUCAAGAAGGCCACUCGCAACAGACCUAAAGGAAAGGAUAAACUGAAAGUUGAUGAGCUGAUUACCUCGGCUAUAUCUCAUUUCAAAGCAGCUGUGGAGCGAGACUCUAUGUUUGCAUUUGCCUACACAGACCUGGCCAACAUGUAUGCUGAGGGAGGCCAGUAUAGCAAUGCUGAAGACAUUUUUCAGAAAGCUCUUCGUCUGGAGAACAUAACUGAUGAUCACAAACAUCAGAUCCACUACCACUAUGGCCGCUUUCAGGAAUUUCACCGUAAAUCAGAAAAUACUGCCAUCCACCAUUAUUUAGAAGCCUUAAAGGUCAAAGACAGGUCAUCUCUGCGUCCUAAACUGACAAGUGCUGUGAAGAAGUUGGCUACUAAGAGACUUGGGUACAAUGCUUCAGAUCUGCAGAGUUUAAGUGCCCUAGGGUUUGUUUACAAGCUAGAGGGAGAAAAGAGGCAAGCAGCUGAGUACUAUGAAAGGGCCCAAAAGAUAGAUCCAGAAAAUGAAGAAUUUCUUACUGCUCUCUGUGAGCUUCGACUUUCCAUUUAAGUACACACUCUAGGAAAAUUAGUUCUAAGCUUUUCUUUCCUUUUUGGGUUCUUAUAUUUUUGUAUAUUGCUUUAAUCCAUUGUUCAUUUAGACCUAACUUUUAUUGAAUGGUUACUGUGUACCUGGCAUUAUGAUGAAUCUUUUGUUGUUUUUUAAAAAUUUUCCAUUGAGAAAACAGCAGAAUUUCAGCUGUUGUAGCUUUUAAAAAUCAUAUGGUCAUUAUGACUUUAUAUCCUUUCUAUUUUCUGAUUAAGCUUUGUCAAAUUUUCCAUAUUAUUUAUGCCUAAGUUUAAUCCUACACAAACUUUUGACACCUAAGUCAUGAGCACUCUUUCAGGAGUGCAAAAUUAUAUCAGUUAAGCACUUAACUUGUAGCUUGCAAAGAUGGAAACUUCAGAUGUUCUGACUUUGAUGAGGAUAUUUAACCAUGAACCUAAUAGUUAUCUAAACAAUCCUCUUUGUUGAAAGAAAUUAAUAAUAAAAGUUUGUCAUCCCUGAUGACUUCAAUAAAAGGAGGAAAAAUUAGAACAUGAGAGAAAAGAUCUUCCCAAAUACAGAACUUCAAGGACUCUUGAGAAAUCCAAAGUAUUAACUCCCAGAAUGUUCAUCAAGUAGCUAGAAAUAGUGAUGAGAAAAAAACAAGGAUGGGAAAAUCAUUAGUCUCAGUUUUUUCUAGUUGUUUUAACUGGAAGCAUAAACCUAAAGCUAAUUAGAUGGAAUUAAUUUAAUUCCUUCCCAUUAAAAUUGCAGUAUUUUUAGGGUAAAAUCAUUGAGGUUAAAAAGCAGACCAAUUGAAAAUUUGGGAGAAAUAAUAAAUGGGUAAAAUAGAUGCCCCUAACCUGUUUCCCUAGAUUACCAAGAUUUCAGUGAUUUAGUUUUGGGUCUGAACUGGGUAGAGUUCUCAUACACACCAUUUCUGGCCUUUGGUUAGCUGUUUUAGUGUUCCAGAGUUACUUCUGUGAAGCGUUUCCUUUUGUCUGAAGUUUUCAGAUUGACAUGUUUUCCUGUAGAUCCUCUAGAAACAGUUAAACCCUGUUUUCAGCUUUAGUAUUCACCUUGAAGGGUCACUGCUUAAGGGCUCUUAUCCCAGAGGACUUUUUGAAUCGAGAUGUUGCUAAAAGUAUGCAGUUAUAUUUACCACCACAGUAUUAGUGGGAAAAUGUGCCAUAUGAUUUAAUUCUCUGUACCUCCAAUGAAGCUCUUAAAACUACUGUAUAUAUGUGUGUGUUUUUUACUUUUUCUUACUAUGUUUAUUUUUUAAAUUUCUAUUAUGGUUUUCAUUACUAUAAAAGUAAUAAAUGCUCAUUAUAAAAUUUCACAAAAUACAGAAUUUAAAAGUAAGAGCACUGCCUUCACCCUACCCCAGUUCCACCUGCCCAAGGUUAACUGUUAAUAAUCUGAUAUGUAUCCUUCCAGAUAUUUUUUCUAUGCAUAUUCAGACAUACCUAAAUACUUCAGUGUAUCUCAUUAAAGUUUUUAAUGUUUGUUUUACUUA